AUGGAGAAUAAAAUUCUGACAGGGAUAGCUCGAAAAUAUUUCACAUUUAUUAAGGUGCAGAUCUGGUACCUCUUUUGUGAAGGGGCCCCUGAGGAGACACCUUUGAUCACUGUGGCCAUCGAAAAACCCAAGGAAGGAGUCAAGACUGAGGACAAGGAUCAUGCCAAUUUGAAGGUGGUGGGGCAGGAUGGCUCCGUGGUCCAGUUUAAAAUUAAGAGGCAUACGCUACUUAGUAAACUAAUGGAAGCCUAUUUGAAUGACAGGUUGAAGAUGGAGGAUGAAGAUACAAUUGAUGUGUUCGAGCAACAGACAGGAGAUGUCUACUAAAAAGGAAACCUGCUGCUUUACUCCAUAACUGUUCUUCCAGACCAAGAAGACAUUCUCAGUUAGAAAACUGCACUUUGGUUCUAUCACAUCCUGACUACUACAGUAGUUUUCUUUAUUCUUUCAUUUCUCCCUCCCCCAUUCCUUUGUUG